AUGAUUAGUAGACAUGUAAAGGGGCGUGACUAUAUUGAAGAAGACUAUGGUGAUAUGUAUAUGGAAUGUAAUAUUAGUAGACAUGUAAAGGGGCAUGACAAUAUUGAAGAAGACGAUGAUGAUGAUGUUGAUGAUGAUGAUGAUGAAGAAGAUGAUAACGACUAUGACAGUGCAGAUGAUGAAGAAGAUGAAUAUGCCUGUGAUUAUGAUGGGGUAGAAGAAGAAGAAGAAGAAGAGGAGAAGCCUGAAAAGAAGGUUCAGAUGCAGCAUCGGAGUUCAGUGGCGCCAGUAAAUGGUGUGGCAGCAGCCACAGCUACUGGUGGCGCCACCUCCACAGCUGCUCCUGGUGGUGUUCAGAACCAGUUCAAGCCAAUGUCUCUGUACGUAGGGGACUUAGACUUCAAUGUGACUGAUACACAGCUGUACGAGCUGUUUAACCAAGCGGGUCAGGUUGUUUCGGUUAGGAUUUGUAGGGACCUUUGCACUCGGAGAUCCCUUGGUUAUGGCUUCGUCAACUACAGCAACCCUCAGGAUGCUGCAAAGGCAAUGGAGAUGUUGGACUACACUCCUGUUAACGGAAAGUCCAUUAGGGUGAAGCACUCUUACAGUGAUCCCAAUUUUCCUAAGAGUCGAACAGCAAAUUUAUUUGUCAGGAAUUUGGACAGGUCAAUUGACAGCAAAGCUUUACAUGACACCUUUUCAAGCUUUGGUGACAUUCUUUCUUGCAAGGUAGUUACUGACUCUAAUGGCCAGUCAAAGUGCUAUGGUUUUGUACAAUUUGACAACGAUGAAUCUGCUCAAAGUGCCAUAGAUAAGUUAAAUGGUGCACUCAUCAAUGAUAGGCAAGUGUAUGUUUCACAUGCCCUUCGCAAAGAGAAGAGUGGCAGAGCACAAGCUGGGUAAGGUCAAUGGGGUGGUGAACGUCCUCCAGAGUGCAAGCAACAGUAGUUUGUGGUUGCACACUAGGCCAAAAGUUAUGGGGAAGCACCAAUAUAAUCUUGGAGCCCUUGGUUUAUAAAUUUACCUUUGCCUCAUUUUUGUAUGCUCAGUUUUCCUCUCCGUUUAUUCCUUCUCCUAUUAUCCUCUUUAGUCUUUACUUGUUGUUAGUGAUUUUGUAAUCUCAAGGCUCAAGGGGGUUUUUGGUUGCCUGUGGUUCGCUUUUUGUUAUCAUGAUAUGUUUGGCCUUCUUCCGCGUCUCUUACUAAUCACCCUCCUUUCUGCUGUCCUAUGUAGUUUGUUUACAGCUAUGAUCUUUAUCGUGAAGGUUAAUAGAUGAUCCAAAUUUUUAGUAUAUAUAUGUACUUGCUGCUGUGUAAAUUUCUAUUUAUAAUCCCAUUUCAGAUAUGUAAAUAUGUUUUCUA